AUGGAUACUGUAUUAUAUUCCCUCUCUCAACUUCCAUAUCUUGAUGAACAAUCACGUGAAACAUAUGAACAAUUAAGUCAAACAGAUCCUUUAUUAUUUUCUCCACGUCAUUCUCCAACAUUAUAUCCAAUAGAAGUGGUAUAUAUGUUAUUACAUGAAUAUAAUGGUGAUUUACAACGUACAUUAGCUGCUUUACUUGAUGGUACAGCUCAAAAUAUAAAACAAUGUCGACCAUUACUUCGAUAUCAUUUUCUUAAAUGUGAGAUAUGGAAUAAACAAGAAAUUGAUGCAUUUACAAAAGCAAUGGAAACAUUAGAAAAAAAUUUUCCACUUGUUAGUCGAGCAGUUGGAACCAAAAGUGUAAAACAAUGUAUUGAAUUCCAUUAUAUGCCAAAAGUAAAUAUCAUAGCUCGACAAACAGGAAUGAAUUUAUUUACAGUAAAACGAAAACGAUUACAAAUCCUAAAACAUAAACAACAAUUACAAAAGCAAGUACUUGAUGAUGAAACAUCAUUAUCAUUGAAUGAAUUUCGUCUCGAUAAUGAUAGUGUAACAGUGAAUAGUGAUAACUCUUCAACAGCUCAUUUUUGCUGUGAUAUUGACAAUUGCUUACAGACAUUUAUAAGUGAACGAGCAUAUCGUGCUCAUCGUAAUGAUCAUCGUCGUAUAAAGAACAAUAUGACACCACCAACAAAUUCAAACCGAAGCCGAAAUCUUGAUGUGAACAAGUGA